CUAGGAGUUUUCAAUUCAAAAUGGUGGAUGUUUAGCUUAUAUGUCAUUAAUUGUUACCAUCUGAUUGUUUCAAUUUGAAAGAAAACAUCUAUAAUUGGAGCGUUAAAUUGUGAAUGAAAAUCAAGAAGGGAUAUGUAAUAAUAAAAUUAUAGCGAAAUCAUGUGUGAUACAUGUUCAGAUUUUAUACAGCUUCUUGUUUCUUAUGAAACAAAAGUCUGUAGAGAAGCCAAUGAGCUUCCACUCUUGUGUUCUAAAGAUAUAGAAGUAGUUAAUUCAUAUGUUCAGGCUUGGACCACAAGACAAUGCAUGUGUUGCUAUAGAGAUCAAAAAAAUCUAGAAAGGUUCAGCUACGUAACUCAAGGUUUGAUAUUUCAAGCAGUAUGUUGUUGCAAAUCCCUAGCAGAGAAAGGUUCAGAAGCAACUACUACAAAGCAAGAGAUAGAGGAAAAAGCAAAAGAGGAGGAAAUUCAAGAGACGGACAUAUUAUUGAAUUUGAUUUCCAAAAUUUUCCUUCUUAAUUUUCCACUUUAUGUAGCUUAUAAACAUACUAUCCAAACAAAGAUCGAUGAAAUCACACAGCAGGAACUACAAAAUCUUAACCUGUUCUGUGAUAUGCAUGAUUCUGAAAUUCCCAUAUAUCUCUUGAAGAAUGUGAGCUGGUUUUGUAAGAUUGGUGGUCUUUUAGCUAUGACAAGUUGUUUUACAAUGUUAACACCAGAUCUACUACCAGUAACCACCGCACAUGCAAUGAUUUCAGUGGUCUGCAACUUGAAGCUCUGGUUAAAUUAUAAAAGUAUGGUCACUAUGCUUGUGCCCUUACGAUCCUGUGUGUUGCGUUAUAUGUGUAAAUUGUCUGAUCGUGAUUUGAGAACACCUACUAUAAAAAGUAUGGCAGAUUUUAUGUGGAAUGCUAUCAAAGACCCACUUGACACACCGGUAGCUUUUGAUGUGGACGGUUUGGAUUUAGCAUUCAAAUAUUUUACUUCAAGUACUUUGACUAUGAGAUUAGCAGGGAUAACCCAAAUAAAUAACCAAAUUGGUGUGUUAGCUGAGAUUUGUGCAGGAGAAGCUAUGCCUGAAGCUGAGGCGGCACCCAGGCAUAUGGCAGAUUGGCUUAUAGCAAACAACAUCAUCUCCCACUUAUUCGGCCCAAAUUUACAUGUUGAGGUGAUUAAGCAAAGUCAUAUUAUUCUCAACUUUCUGGCUAUGGAAGGUAGGAUAACAUGUGCCCAUAUGGAUGUCAUAUGGGCAGCUGCUCAACUGAAACAUUGUGCAAAACCAGUGCAUGAUCUGUUGCCUGGUUUAGUGAAACAUUUAUCAGCUGCACCAACGCUUCACCUUUAUAAUCUUUUGACAAAAUUGGAACCGAAAGAACACACUGAACAGACGCUGUUCCUCGCUUCUGUCUUAAUCAAGGCUGUUUGGACUCGAGGGGGAACAACUGUACCUGAAGGUGGUCUCAUUAAUUUAGCAGCAGAGAAUGCGGGUAUCGCUUCAUACAAGUGCGCAACUUCAUCUGAGAAUAGUGUGAGCUUGGAUGGCAGCAAUUCUGAGGAAGAGCAUGCUGAUAGUACAGGUCAGUCAGAAAGUCAUAAGUCGGAUAGUGAAUACUUAGGUGGCGUUGAUAUUGAAGAUGAUACCCCUGAUGGUACAGCUCCUCCUCCAUGUAAAAUUCCUAGGAAGCACUUGAGAAGAAGGCCCCGUUGUAUCGCAAGCAGUUCUGAUCCUGAAUUAGAUGGUAUACCUAUCAAACGGGGAAUUUCAGAGAAGACAAAAAAGUCUUUAGUGGCAAAAGCAAAGAGUCACAAAAGGCAAAAAGAACUGGCAGUGAGAAAAAAGUUGAUGUCUGCUUUGAACAUUGUGAUCCCAGAACCUCUAAAUCAUAUAAGUGCAGGUCGGAGUAGCAGCUCUCAAGAAGAAGGAGAUGAGGAUGAAUCUAUCAAACUAAGGAAACGUCGGAAAAUAUUGAGGAAAACGCGUGUCAAAAAACAGAAAGGUUUGCCAGACAAAAAUAAUUGUAGAAGCCAAACUUGCGAGGAACAUCCCAUUCGUCCGAAUCCAUCAAGUAAUCUGACUUCACUACAAGAAAAGCCAACUAGAAUAUCAGACAUAAUGAAUGAAAUCGAAGAUAUCAUGGAGUCAAGCCUCAAAUCUCCACAAUAUAUAGAUGACAGCUCUUCUUGCAGUGAAAUGGGCAAAGAAGCUGUUAUGAUGAUGGAAAACCGCAAUGCUAAUAUAGAUCCAGAUUAUUUUACUGUGGGUUCCAAAAGGCAUAUUCUUGAAAUGUUGAGUGGAGAAGAAGCUGAAAUGGAAGGAGAUAAUGAUGGUAGUUAUUCUUCUCGCAUGAGUAACAAGAGUGAGAAGAACAUGGCUGAUUUCGAUGGUGAAGACUCUGGUUGUGAAGAAGAAUUAGUUCAGCUUGCGGUUCAUGUUCAAAUGAAAGCAAUGUCUAGUCAGUCAACUCCCGAUAAGUCGCCAGUAAUUCCAGAUGCGUGUUUGUCGUCUAAUUUUAAAGCAGACAAUGUUUGCUUGCCUGGGAACACUUUACUUUGGGAUCUUCUGCAAGAUGAUAAAAUUGGACAACUAGGUGAAGGAUUAGCAUUGGAAGCAGAGAAAACACUAUGCAACUUGAUUUGUUACACUCCAGAUAAAGAUAUCCGUAUGAAAUUCAUUGAAGGAUGCCUGAAGAACCUGGAGAAUCAUAGCUCAGUUGUGGUAUCUCUGAGAAUGCUACCUAAGUUACUUACUUCAUUUAGAGGUAUGGAUAUGCAUAAUGUAACUCAUUGGGCAGAGAAGCAACAUCACAUGAUGAAGCAUUUUUUCAAUGACUUAAAAGUAUACACAGCUAAUCCAUUGAAUCAUUUGCCCUUGUAUUCACAUCUGAUGCAAAUUCAAGUCAGACUUCAUUUUUUGUCCGCUGUUUUCUCACCUGUUGUGUCUCCGAGCUCAUUUAAACUUAGUAUUGAACAGGUUGACACUUUGUGGGAAUGCCUUGCCCAUGAUUCUGAAUGUUCCGACGAACUCUUUAGUUGGCUGUUAUCUCAGACGAAGACGAAUGAGCUUCAUGCUUUAAGAGUUGACGCUUUGAGACGGUUAUAUAUUCAUCAUCUACCGAGUUUACCACUUGAAAAAUACAGCAUGAUAUGUUUAAGCCUUUUCCAACAUCUGUGCAGCCUGAAUAAUUAUUUAAUGGUUAAAGGGGGCGACACCUCGAAAAAUGGUCACAACGUAGGUAUGGAUCAUAUGUGGAAGAUUGCUUUGAGGGCUACAAAUACAGAUGUCAGCAUGGCAGCAAUGCAAUAUAUAAAUAGCUAUUAUAUGGGUCAUAAUUUACAACACGAAGGACAGUUCAUGAGACAGUGUAUGACUCAUCUUAAAGCUGCUACUGAAGAUUUAAUAUCUUCCGGAGGUGGAGCAGAAGAACCACCUUUACUAUGCAUUCAAAGAGCACUCUUGUUGAUGAAGAGUCAUCUGGAUGCAUUUAAACGAAGGUAUGCUUACCAUUUGCGUAAAUGGGCCUUAGAAGGCAAAGGAAUUGGCAGUCACUCAGCUAGUUUAGUGGAAAAAUCUGGUUCUCCAAUUAGGCUAGUUAUACAAUCGGGUAGUUCUACUGAAAGAUGUUUCCUAGAUUUAUCAAGUGCGGACUACGUUGCCGAGUUACGAGCGGAAAUAGUGAAUUGGUGUGAAAGUUUGUCACAAAUGAAGAACCAAGAUUCUGAUAAUAGUCCAACUGUGAGAAGCGGAGAAACUUGGAUAAGAAUUAUCACCCAGGGUCAAGAACUGACCAUAGAUUGCGAUGAAAAGACACUUGGCGAAAUGGGUUUCAAAGAUAAUCAGAUGAUUUAUAUUUCAAUUGGAGUUUCAAGGAACAUGAAGAAAAAGGAAUUUAUGGAUUCACCUUCUAUGCAACCACCUCCUCCAAGGGAAUCCAUACCGGCUCUCUUAUUGCUACAACCUAAUUACUUCGAACAACUCUUUUCCUUAAUGCACACUCUGAGCUCAAUGAAAACUCAAAUAAAGGGAGGGAGACAUAUUUCCCACACAAAGGGUCAAGUGCUUAGUAGAAGGGUUUGGGAUAUUUUAAGCAUGUUACCUACAAGCCCAACACUUUUAAGUGGGUUUCUAAAAUUGGACACACCACUUAUAGAAUUAUUGAAUCCAUCCAGUGCUCAAAAACUAAUGUACUCCCUUUACAUCGUUGAAUCACUCUGUUUGAAUGAUUCUCAUUCGAAAAAUUAUGACAGUGAAGAAACUCAGAAUUCUUGGGUUGAAAAAUUCAUUCAACAUGGAGGAUUGAGGCAUUUGUUCGAUAUAUUCAAAUCGGGUGUUCUGCAAAGAGAUGGAGGAGAUGGUUGCGAAUGGCAACAAGACUGUUUAGCAUCUCUGUUAAAGACUCUGUAUCAUUUAGGUGUUGCACAGUGGACAUCAGAUAUGAAACCAACAAGAACUGAGAAAAUUGUCAUUCCAAAUCUCAAUGAGACGAUGAUCAGCAUGAUGGAUGUGAAAACGACAUUACCACAACUAACGAGCAUUCUAGAAGAAGCAUCUCUGCCCAAAGAUGUCAAUCAAUAUAAAACAGGGUUAUGGGGAAGAGCCCAAGUUGUUCAUUAUGCCUUGGGACUUUUGGUAUCUUGGUUACAUUCCAGCGAAGAAGCACAAGAAGCGCUUUUCACAAUGCCGAAUUUCUCAAUAUGGUUGAAAAGAUUGGUUUUGGAAGAUCCUGAACCGGCAGUAAGAAGAGAAGCGUGUUCGGCUAUUUAUAAAUUAUGUAUGGGUGUUUCUGCAACAUCAAACAAUGCAGAAUACAAUUUAGUAGCUCCGAUGUUGGUCAAGCUCUUACUCUAUUUGGAAAAUGCAGAAAAUCUGAGGCCUACUAAAAAUGAGAUGCAAGUUGCGGAAGAUGGUAAGGAACCUUACGGCCCUGCUUGCAGAGAUUAUUUUUGGUUAGUUUCACGCCUCGUUGACAGCUUACCGGAAGAGUUGGUCAAGGAAAGUAUCGAAGAUCCCCAAACAUGCAUCAUCAACAUCAAUAAACUCUGCUUCAAAGUGGGAAAAUCGAUAAUGAAUAGGGAAUUCCUGGAAACCAGACAUAGGACCGUGGACGAUGAUGGUCUUAUCGGCCUAUUGAAUCUAUUAACUAAUCUCAUGAGAUAUAAACCCCCCUACAAAAAGAGUAGAGCUGCCCAGGAGCUCCUAAAUGCGGUUUUCGAAUUUCUCUUUGCCCUGCCCAGUCCGAAAUUAAGGCACGUACCUAAAUGCAAAUCAGCCAGAGCAAGAUCUUCGGCAUUCGAUCUGUUGGUAGAAUUCGUUAAGGGAUGUCCAACAAAUUACACCUUCCUUCAUAUGAAGUUGUUGAAACAGCAUCAACCAGGACCCCAUUCUCCAUAUCCUUGGGAUUAUUGGCCUCACGAAGAUGGAAGGUCGGAAUGUGGUUAUGUGGGACUAACUAAUCUUGGGGCUACAUGUUACAUGGCAUCUUGUCUGCAGCAUCUCUACAUGAUGCCACAACUAAGGGCUUCUAUUUUAGCAGCAGACACCGAUCAUGCAAAGCAUGAGAACACAUUGAAAGAAUUGCAGAAAAUGUUUGCUUAUCUCUUUGAAAGUGAAAGAAAAGCCUAUAACCCCAGAAGUUUUUGUAAAGUUUAUACGAUGGACAAUCAACCUGUAAAUACUGCUGAACAAAAGGAUAUGGCUGAGUUUUUCAUUGAUUUAGUAAGCAAACUUGAAGAAAUGACCCCCGAAUUAAAGAGUGAAAUCAAAAGGCUGUUUUGUGGUAUAAUAAGCAAUAAUGUUGUUAGUUUGGAUUGUGACCACGUUAGUUGUACAUUGGAAGAAUUUUACACUGUACGAUGUCAAGUGGCAGAUAUGAGAAAUUUGUAUGAAUCCUUAGAUGAAGUUACAGUAAAAGAUACGUUAGAAGGAGAUAAUAUGUAUACCUGUUCCCAAUGUGGAAAAAAAGUCAGAGCAGAGAAAAGGGCUUGUUUCAAGAAAUUACCUCAAAUUUUAUGUUUUAAUACAAUGAGGUAUUCGUUUAAUAUGCUGACCAUGCUCAAAGAAAAAGUGAAUACUCAUUUCUCUUUUCCUAUGAGGUUAAAUAUGGCUGGAUACACUGAGAAAGAGUUAAUGACCCAACAAUAUAAAGAAGAAAAAGCUAAACAAACAGAGAAUGAACCUGAGCAGUUAGAAUAUGAUCUGGUAGGAGUGACUGUACACACAGGAACCGCAGAUGGGGGCCAUUAUUAUAGUUUCAUUAAAGAUCGCAGUGCUGGUUCCAGAGACAAAUGGUUCCUCUUCAAUGAUGCUGAAGUCAAACCAUUUGAUCCAAACCAAAUAGCUACUGAGUGUUUUGGGGGUGAAGUUACUAGUAAAACAUAUGAUAGUGUGACUGACAAGUUUAUGGAUUUCAGCUUUGAAAAGUCGAAUAGCGCCUACAUGCUUUUUUAUGAACAGUGUCCUGUGAUAAAUUGUGAUAGUGCAGAAUCUGCAUCCUCUACUUUAGAAACUAAUGAAAAUUUAUAUUUACAAGCUUCAAGCACUAGUGCGACUCCAACGCCCAAUACACCCACCACACCUACUUUGGAAUUAAGUAAAGAAUUAGAAAAUUGGAUUUGGCAAGAUAAUAUGCAUUUCAUUCAAGAUAAAAACAUAUUUGAACAUACUUAUUUCAACUUUAUGUGGCAAAUAUGUGGCUAUAUACCUCAGACGAUAUUGCCAAUAGAGCCUAAUAUAACAGAAAAGGCAACUCAGUUAUCUACUUCUUUCUUCAUCGAAACCUUCAUUCAUGCCAAAGAAAAGCCAACUAUGGUACAAUGGGUAGAAUUAGUGACGAAACAAUUCAACGCUUGUGAAAAAGCCUGUGAUUGGUUCUUGGACCAUAUGUCAAAAGAUACAUGGUGGCCGGUACAAGUACUUUUGAAAUGUCCUAAUCAAAUGGUUAGACAAAUGUACCAAAGACUUUGUAUCCACGUAAUACAGAGACUUAAGGGAACUCAUUCAAGAUUCUACCUGCAAAUAGAUGAUGAUGUUCCUGAAGAUGAGAGGGAUAAUGUUGAUCCUGCAAAGAUAGGAAACGCAUCUUGUGUAACAAGAUUUAUAAAAACUUUAUUAUCACUUAUGGAACAUGGUGCUAAAGCUCAUCUCAAACAUCUAACAGAGUAUUUUGGUUUUUUGUAUGAGUUCAGUAAAAUGGGGGAGGAAGAAAGUAAAUUCCUUCUUGCAGUAGGCGCUAUUAGUACCACAGUUAACUUUUAUUUAGGACAGAAAGCAAAUGAUUUUGUUGAUGUUAGUGAAGGCGAAGAAGAAGAAGAAAUGAUAGCAUUGCCAACAGAUAAAUAUAAACCUGCAUCCUUGGACAAAAUGAUUACUCUGAUUGCAUCGCUAGUUGAAAAAAGCCGAGAUGCUAAUAUGAAAAUAAACUUGAGUGAAAAAGACUACGAAGCAGUAGCUACAGGCAAAGGAUUCCCUUUUUUGUACCAACAAAUAAAGGAUAACAUCAACCUCCAUCAGACAAGAAAUCUUAUUCAUUCUUUGAGUCGCAAUAAUAAUCCUUUAGCUCAGUCUAUAAUAUCGAUGAUUUCCCAAGCCAUUUCUCGCCACUCUGAAACUUGUCAGCCCUUUUUUAAAAUAUUGACUCUCCUUACUGAAACUCCGUCUAUAGCAGUUAGUACUUCUUCAAGUCAACCAUGCUUCACACAGCUAGUUCUUCAGAAACUCUGGGAGGCAGCAGAAAGUUGCCCCUAUACAGCUUUAGACUGGUUAGCGUUACAAGUAACAAGAAAUAGAUUAGUGCACCAAUGGGUUCUGACUUCCUUGGACUCUUGGUUAGAACACUUUCUGAUUGCUCACAACAACCAGAGAGUUAGGAAUGCUGCCGGAUAUCUAUUGGUUUCUUUAGUACCUAGUACUCCCUUCCGUCAAGGUUUUCGGGCUACGCAUCACCGUCUUCAGAGGGAAGCACAACUGACACCCGAAGCACAAGUCGUUCUGCACCAAAUUUACAAUGCCCUACUUAGGUUGUUAGCAGGAGCAAAACACUACACUGAUAUGCAACAACAUGGUACUACAAAACUGACUACAUAUUUUGCCCUAUUAAUGUAUUGCUGUAUCGGUCGUACUGAGAAAUUAAUGUUUGGACAGUAUUUCAUGCAGCUAUGGUACUUAUUCCAUCCUAAGCUAUCGGAACCUUCGAUACCUGCAUAUCACAACAAGCAAGCCCUCCUAGCGUUUUGGAAUCAUGUGUGCACCGACUGUCCAGAAAACGUGCUAAUAAUGUUACAAAGCACUCAUGUGACAAAAAAUAUAGCCUUUAAUUAUAUCCUUGCUGAUCAUGAUGACCAAGAAAUUAUUAUGUACAAUAGAGCCAUGCUACCGGCAUACUAUGGUAUACUUAGAAUGAUGUGCCAACAGUCGAGAGUUUUCACAAGACAUUUAGCGCAGCAUCAAAAUCUGCAAUGGGCAUUCAAAAAUAUUACCCCACAUCCUACACAAUAUCCACAGGCCGUGGACGAACUCUUCAAGCUUAUGCAGUUAAUGGUAUUGAAACAUCCAGAAACAACAGAAGCCGAACAAAGGGAAAUAUGUAGUUUUCGAAGAAACACUCUAAUGACCUAUCUUCAGUGUUUAGACGGCCGUACCAGCUGGGGAACACUUAUUUCCGCUUUUAAGAUCCUUCUUGAAUCGAAUGACGAUAAACUCUAUGUUGUUUACAAUAGAGGGCUCCAAAUAGUAUUUGAGAGCUUUCAAAAUUUACAUGUAAUGUUACAUGAAGCCACUGCAUGUCAUGUAUCGGGAGAUUUACUGGACAUAUUGUCUAUUAUGCAUGACUUGAUCAAAUGUAUAAGAACAUACAGGGAUUGUAAGGAUGCAAGAGGAAUUAUUUUGGCUAGUAAAGACUGGAUAGAAGUCAUAAGUAAAUUGGCCACUUUACUCAAUACGUAUAACCCAUCUGAGCUUAGAAGCUUAUGUAUUGACGUUUUGAAAGAGUUUGUCCAUGUCAUGCCCUCGGAUGCCUUGACAAUUUUGGUGCCGUUAUUGUCACACUGCCAUUCAGCAUUUCAAGAUAAUCAAGAUGCUGUACCUUUGGGUCCCUACUUUCCAAGAAGGGGCCACUCAAUACCAGUUGUUGCUGGGAAAGGAGGCGCAAGACCACUUCGACCCAUGAUUCAAAUGACAGUUCCUCACAAUCAACUAGAAUGUGGUCGGGGUGCUGACUCCGAAUAUGAUGAAGCUUUGGACAGGUUCUAUCACCCAUAUCAUGACUUCAUAGAUGUAUUAUUCAGACUUGCAGUCAACAAUGACUCUGUUACUGAGCCAUUAGUUAACUUAAGUGCUGUUGUUGGAUUUGAAGCUGCCCCACUUCACUAUACCUUCUUUCCCAAGUUGUGGCUAGAUAUAUUAAAUUCACCUCACUUAGAUCAAAAGUACAUAACCACUUUAACAACUAGCAAUUAUUUAAUUGAUUAUGUUGAUGCUAUAUUAUUGGAUGAACGAAUUUCCCUCACAAUUGAUGUUAUUUAUAAUUUCCUAGUUGCUGUUUUUCCUAAGAUUUCCGAACAUGUUUUAACAGAGCAAACUUUGACUAUGAUCGAUAACACUGUUGUUACUCUUAGUGAACAAGUUUCGUCUUUAGACAUACAAAAAAAUGCACAAAGGCUUUCUGGUGAUUUAAGAGCUCUUAUAUUAGUAUAUAAUAGUCCUGAAGCUGUGCCGCCCCCUUUAUUGAAAUCCACAUUAAAGCAGUUACAAACUAGAGUUGCGGAAGAGUUGGGAAAAAUUCAAUCUAAAGAAAUGAAAGAAGAAACUAAAAAGAUUGAUGAGCCUAUGCCAAGUACAUCAAGGGAUCCAAGUUUUGAAGAGUCUCAGACGGAGAAGUCGUCCACAUCGAAAUGCGAUGGUGACAACAAUAUUUUAAAGAAUUCUGAGGAGAGUAAGAGAAGCCAACCCAUUUCUUCAAAUAAUGUGAAGUUAUUGAACUCGGUCAUUAAAGAUCUUCUAGUAGUGGUUGAAAAAAAACUGUGAAGUUUUCAUACUAAAUGACUUGGGUGUAAUUUUCUAAAUGUUACUUGUAGAACAAUAUUUUUUUUAUGUCCUACUUCAUGUCGAAUGUAUUUAAUUCAAAAUGUAUAUUAAAGCUUUAAAUUAUAAAAUCAUAUGGAUAAAUAUUAUGAAUGCAGGGUUUCUUUUUUUCACAUUUUGUCAUUAGAAUUAAGAACGAAGAAAUAUAUUAUGCUUUUAAAAUUCUACCAUAUAACUGUUUCAUAAGACUGUUAAAAUAAAAUAUCUCUUUUUGUUA